AUGUGGGGCGGAGAGCAGCAAGUUUACUUGGAUCCAGAAGAAUGCAUGACGACAGGAAUCAUACAACACGAAAUCCUUCAUGCUCUCGGCCUUCACCACGAACACAGUCGACCGGAUCGGAAUGCCAGUAUAACAGUUCAGUGGGAGAAUAUUCAAGAAAACCGGAAAACAAAUUUUCGCGUAAUUCCCGAAAUGCGAACAUUCGGAACGGAAUACGAUCUUGAUUCACUCAUGCAUUAUGGAUUGUAUGAUUUUUCCCGAUCCAUAGCUGAUCGCCUGGCCGUUAUCGUACCGAAGCAUGGAAGCGGGCACCGAUUAGGGCAGCGGAAGGGACUCAGUGUGCGCGAUAUCGCGAAGCUGCGGAACGCCUACAACUGCCAGCCGCGGCGAGACGGACUAUACGAUCCUAAUUUGAUUGAUCUACCGAAUUUUUCCGCGGAUCCACUACCAUACGACGCGUGCAUGCUGCAGUUUAAUCAGCAGUGUAGCCGGUUCGAUGAUUCACCCGAAGAGUGCAGAAAUAUAACACAUGCCGGAUUAGUCAUCAACUGUAAAGGAGACUACGCCCCCGUGCGCAGCAUGGCUCAAGCCAUGGGACAAUACGGAAUGUACGCCAUCUGGGUGCUAUUGCGGGAGAGAUUGAUAGAGUACGAUUGUAGCCGGCAGAAAGGUUGA